AAUUCUGGACCAGUUUCAGUAAAACAAGCCACAGAACAUUUGAAGACACCAACCAUUCAACUUACGAACCAUUGAGCCAGAAAAGAAAAUGAACAUAUCACCGCGAGUUCUCAAAUUAACAUUAGCCUGUGUCGUAGGCAUGGUCACCAUCGUUGUGAUCAACAAUUGGUACCGCUCAAAAAACAUUGUCAUUCAAAACAACGCAUUUACGGGCCCACAAAUACAGCGGGACAAGCAGCAGGCUGGUUAUGUUCAACCUCCACCUGCAUUCUUGGAAAGUAAAAAUGUACAGCAACUACAGAUAGACAGCUUCAAUCCUCCUCCACCUAAAGUCGAAAUAAAAAGGAGACCAACAAAAUGUGGCGAAACAGACGACGACUUUCGUUAUUCCGGAUUGGAGACCGUCAAACCUUUGACUGAUAAAGUGUCGGCGAAAUUCCGGAGCCAGGAAGCAUCUUGUUCACGAAAGAAUUUUCCGAAACCAAACGCUAAGUUGACGCCCGAGGAGACACGAAGGAAAACGGAAUGCGUGAGAAACUGGCGAAGAGAUCACAGGCAAGGAAGUGGUGCGUUCUGGACCGGAACUGUCCAGUACAUUCGUCACUUACAUCACACGUACCUAAAUACGGAUAGCACCGUUUUUGAUAUCGGCGGUAAUAAAGGCGAAGAUGCAGAGGCCAUGAUAAAGAGAUAUCAUCCCGGAACUUACGUCAUACUGGAGCCGAUCAAAACUUUGUACUCGAAUCUGGUCAAGAUGUUUAAAAGCAACGAUAAAGUGGCAUUGUAUAACUUUGGUCUAGCGAGAAAAGACGACAGGUUCUUCGUUAAUGUCAGGGGUCAUGGAGGGGAUGCGACGUCCAUUUUUGACGGAAAUGAUAAUGGCGGAAGUUGUAUGCUACGUGUCGUAAACACUACUCAGUUUCUCCUGCAGGUUGGUGUUCCAUGUUACGAAGUGGACCUUAUUACCGUCAACUGCGAAGGUUGUGAAUUUGAAAUAAUGGAAGAACUUAUAUCAAGUGGAAUGAUCGGUCAGUUUAGACAUGUACAAUUUGCUACACAUCCUACAUUAGCCCAUCUUAAAAAAGCCCCAGAACGAUAUUGUGAAAUUCAAGAAAAACUGAAAAGGACCCAUAAAGUUUCUUAUCAGUAUAAAUGGUGCUGGGAAAGUUGGACGCGAAAGGACCUUAUUUAGAAAUGCAUGUAAACACUGUACAUGUUGUUUAUAAGAAGUGAGGGAGCGGGUCCCAGAGCGUUAGUUGAGUUCUCGGUGAUUUACAAGAUAUAGACCUGUAAAUUAUGUUUUCAUUUCAAUGUUUUUCUUAAGCAUUUCAUUUUGUCAUCUGUUCGUUUACGGUUCGUUUUCCGUAACGCAUUGUUGAAACAUACAGUGUACAUUAGU